CCAGCUCUUCUCCACAUCAGAGAACCACUGGAGUGAAGGUUGAUUUCUAAUUUUUGUCACACCACAUUGGAUUCCACUCAAGCAAGCAGAGGUGGCAAACACACACUCUCAUAAAAUUCUUACCCUCCCCAAUGGAAAGUUUCCUCCCGUGCUUCGCCACCCACGUUCAUUACACGCCAUUUUAAUUGGAGUUUUCUUCACAAUUCUGUCGAAUUGUCAGUGGUUUGAAUCUUUAUCGCAGAUAUUUAUGCAGUAUGCAUUUGCAUGCGAGAAUACUUCUGGCUUGAAAUUCAAUUGCUGCUUGUACAUCUCACUUUUGAUUAUCUCUCUGCGCUACUGAGAAAUGAAUUCUGGGCAAUUGAGUGAAAAAAUGAUGGGUUUGGUUUUAGCAAAUGGGGAAAUGAAAAGGGUGGUGGAUGUUCGCUCUGACACAGUGACAAAGCCGACAGAUGCCAUGCGUGUAGCAAUGGCGCAGGCCCAGGUGGACGACGACGUCCUCUGUUCUGAUCCCACGGCUGCCACCUUGCAGCAGCAAAUGGCGAAAAUCAUGGGCAAAGAAGCUGCUCUGUUCGUGCCCUCUGGUACAAUGGGCAACUUAAUUAGCGUUCUUGUUCACUGCGAGGUACGGGGUAGUGAAGUGAUAGUUGGGUCAAAUAGCCACAUACAUGUUUAUGAAAAUGGUGGAAUUUCAACAAUUGGGCAUGUCUAUCCCCAUCUGGUUGAGAAUGAAACAGAUGGUACAAUGGACAUAAAAAAAGUCGAAGCUGCAAUCCGGCCUUCUGGUGGUGAUGACAUGUAUUAUGCUACAACUCGCCUCAUUUGCAUAGAAAACACACAUGCAAACAGUGGAGGUAGAUGUAUUACUGCAGAAUACACAGACAAGAUAGGAGAGUUAGCAAAACACCAUGGUUUGAAACUGCAUGUGGAUGGAGCCCGGAUAUUUAAUGCUUCCACAGCAUUGGGGGUACCUGUGGAUAGACUUGUUCAAGCUGCUGAUUCUGUUUCGGUUUGCUUGUCAAAGGGUUUGGGAGCUCCAGUUGGAACUGUCAUUGUGGGUUCACAUGAAUUUAUUGCAAAGGCAAAGAAGCUUAGGAAGACCUUAGGUGGAGGCAUGAGACAGGUUGGAGUAUUAUGUGCUGCAGGACUCAUUGCAUUGAAUGAUAUGGUUGGUCGGCUAAGAGAGGAUCACAAAAAUUGUAGAAUUUUAGCUGAAAGUUUAAAUGCCAUUGAUGGUUUCCAUGUAAGAUUGGAUGCAGUUGAGACAAAUAUUGUUUUUGUCGAUCUUUCAGUAGAUUCAGCCUUUGGGGCAGAAGAGCUUUGUGAAGCCAUGAAGGAGAAAGGCAUUCUUUUUAUGCCAGUGGGUCAUAUGAGAUUCAGACUUGUCACACAUCACCAGAUCUCAGAGGAUGAUGUUCGAUAUGCAAUAGCAUGUUUUCGGGAUAUUUCUGUACGCUUACAAACAAGACGCAAGAUUACAUGACAAAUUCAUGGGACCAUGAGUAUUUUGUGAUGGCAUGUAGCAAAACUUGUUUUUAGACAAAACUUGUUUUUAGACAAAACAUGGAGUUAACGCAAAAUUACAUGACAAAUUCAUGGCACCAUGAGUACCUUUGUCAUAGCCUGUAGAAAACAUUGUUGUUAGACAUAAAACAUGGAGUUGCAUACUUUCAAUGUGAUUGGUUCCCUAUAAAUAAAAAUUAUGGUGCUUAAGUGUCUGAUGAAAGUCUUAAGCUAUUUUACUGAAAUGCAUUUUUGGAAAAAUCUUUAUAUGUGAAAUCCGUUUUA